AUGAAUAUGCAUUCCUCAAAUACUGAAGGAGCAACACCGGCUUUUGAACAAGAUCUGGCAAUAAACACCGUUGACACAUACAAUUCAUUGAGUUCCUCGCAUACCCAGACCUUAUCUGGCGAGCUUGAGGAAAUUCAACAAGGCCCUUCGAAUGCCGCCUACUUAGAUGAAAACGAAAUGCUUGCGUCGAACUCAUCGAGUGAAAUUCAGCAAGAAAAUGAUGCGGACUUAGCAGCUCCGCGAAGUUCUGAAACUCAUGCUGACAGACGCCGACAACGUCUAGCGGCGCACGCCAAACGAGCAGCAUCUGAAAGAGCCAGUGAGACUGAUCACGAGCGUAGGUUACGACUUGCAGCUCUAGCUAAGAGGGCUAGGCUCAAAAGAUCAGUUGAAUCUGAAGAGGAGAAGUCAGUCCGUCUCGCGAAAGAUGCGGAAAGGGCGAGAGCAAGACGAUCGGCUGUGCUAAAAGAACGAACUAGAAUUACCAAGAGCGAUAAGAUCGAGCAAAAUUCCCAAGAAAGUUCGGUACAGCACGACCGUGGAGAAGGCUAUGUACAUGGUCAAUUUCCAAGCACAUCUCGUGCUUAUGGAUCGGAAGCUUUGGACAGCCAACAAUUACCACUCUCGCACUACUUCGAAGCCACCACUGCGGUUGCUUCGAUUGAUACUCAACUAAUGUCUGACCCAAACGGGCAGAAUAGAGGAAAUUCAAACGAACCUCGCAUAUCCGAGGUUCUGAUUUCCGGUACACAAGAAUACCAUGGGGAAUCAGGACAACUCACCGCCACAGACUUACUCAGCACUACUGAGCAAUCAGCAUAUCCCACUUCGCACACAGCCAGUCCAAAGCGCCGCGAAGCGGCGCUUUGGACUGGUAUCACAUAUUUGCCACCGGAAGAAGCACGAACACUGCGAACCCGCCGUGAGGCGGAGGAAGCUAUUCAUCAUCAUGCAGAAUCACUGAACAGUUUUGGAAAGUGUGGCAACAUCAUUACCUGA